AUGAACAUUAAAAUUAGAAUUAUAAGACCUCCAGUUCCAAAAUUUAAUAUGAAUGAAUCUGAUACUAACACUCUUAAUAUGGUUCCAAUUGAAAAGUAAAUUAAAAAUUACAAUUGCCAUUAAUUAACAUAAGAUAAUAAUUCUGACACUUCUUCUGAUGAUAAUAAAGAAUAAAACUUUGAUCGAAAAAAGUUAUCCGCAAUUAUUGAGGAAAUGAAAAACUAAAUUUCUCUGUUAGAUUUAAAUGAAGAUCUGUUAAUAAUUGCAAUUCAACUAUUAAAACCUUAAUUAUUAUCUAAACUAAAAUAAAAAAAAUACAGCGCUAUCGCUAUUGCUAUUGCAGGAUUAAUUGCUGCCAUAAAACAAACUAGUAUCCCAAUCACUCAAAAAGAAAUUUUAGCUAAAAUUUCAGUCUCAGAAAAAUUAAUUAAAAAAAUAUUACUCAAAAUUCACAACAAUUAUAAAUUAGAACCAGUUGUUUAGGCAUUUAUAAAAUCAAUUUCCUAUAAAUUGGGACUUAACGAAAGAUUUAUUCAUUUUUGUAUUCAAGUGUUUAACAAAAUCCUAUAAAAUAAUUUAAUUCAAGGAGAACAUGAGAAUGUUAUUGCAGCUGCAAUUGUAAAAUAUAGUGGAGAUAUUAUUUUUUCAAGUAGAGGAGGAAUACUUUCUUCAGUAAUUGCUUAAUAAGCAAAAUGUAGUAUUGGUACAUUUAAAAUGUUUCAUAAAAAGGUCAUGGAAAACAAUUAUUUUGUUAUGCAAACACUAACAGCUUUAUCAUGA